AUGUGUUCUAUAGCUAAUCCAUGUGAAUAUAAAGAUCCAUGUUAUUUCAAUGAAAUGACCGAACAUAUUCCUGUAAAUGUGCCCAUGAACACAAGAACUGAUUGCACUGAGGUCAUCAAUAAAGCGACUAGGAACGACAACGAAGGACUUUCAAAAUCAGAUCCAUGUUCAACGAAUCCAUGUAAGAAUGGCGUCACAUACAUUGCUAAAGGUGGAAAAGACAUGAUAACUUAUCGGAUAAACGAAACCAUCAAGACGAGAAGUGCAGUAGAUUUAAAAUAUUGCUUGUCAUUUCGGUGA